ACAAUACAGUGAUUUAACUAGUUCUGAACAUUUGAAUACGGGUCUUGUUGAAAUGCAACACUACCGUUACGCUUGUUCAUUUUGCUGGCAUAACUUUAGCUCUUUAGUUGAAUAUCCAACGUUAGCUAGCUUAGCGACAGUGUUGUCAAUUUUGGAGAUAUAUUUGUGUAACGCGCUACGUUAGAGCUAACGGAGUGUCAGCAACAAAGUUAACUGUAAACUGCUAAUUUCACGAUGGCACGCAACCAGUAGUGAAAUGGCAACUUGUAGUAGAACGAAGGUUCGUCUGGGUUCACCCAGGCUAGUAUAUAAUAAUAUACCAUAGUCAGUGCAACUACACAAUUGUAUUUUUAUGUAAAAUUUAAAAAAAUACCAAUACUGUGUAAAAUGUUCAUAUCAAAGACAAUGUUAGGUUUGGUUUUGGGGUACAAAAAGGUUGAUGAAGACGUAUGUUAACGUUACGUGGCAAGUAGCCUAACAGCAGAAUAGAAUGUGUUCCUCCAUUGUUUGCUCAGAAUUUAAGAGACAAAAGAUAAAUCUCCGGUUUCAUAUCCUGCAGUCACUGAUCUAUAAUGAACACACAGAGAUUUCUCUCUUUCUAAAGCAGCAUGAUCAGUGCUGUCUGCAAAUUAGACGUCUCUGCUGAGAUUCUAGAAUGCCAGUGAAGCUCCGCUCUUCCUCUUUGCGCCCCUUCUGCACUUCGGCACAUGACCUGUCGCAUCGGUGGGAUUAGACAGUCUGUUGUGCUAUCAAGAAAAACUGUUGUGGUAGACUACUACCAGACCUCAGUCGACAAGUUCAGACAAGAGACACGAGACGAACAUCCUCCUGGCAACGCCAGUGUUCAGCGGGCGGGGGGGCGUCCGGUUCUGGUUGGUAAGGGAAAUCUGACAUGUAGGAGUUUACCUGGGGUCCAGUUACGUUUUGGACACAAACACAGUGAUCCGUGGACUUGUCUGUUGAUGCCUUGAAAUAUUGGACUCCAGAUACUGUCUUACUAGAGAGGAGGGGAAACCUGUUGAGUCAGACGGACGAGAAGCUCAAGCGUUAAUCAUUGUCUGGACUCCUAACCUGCCACGGACUACUGCCCUCCUCUGCUAUUACACACACACACACGGCACCCUGACUGUCAAAGAUGGAAAGAUGGAGGUUACUUUGAGUAACUGAAGCAGUGUUUUUUCAUCAUUUGCCUUAAUGAGGACGAGGAACACGGACUUGAGGCAAUCCCUUGACCAAUGCAACUGACGCAGUGACCACAGACACCUGGCUGAGGUGUUCCCUCACCUGUCCACCAGGGUACUUCAGUUGCUCCUGUGCUAAUGAUGAUCUCUGCGGUGUGUAAGCUGACCAGGAGGGCCAAGUUCCUCUUCCUGCUGCUGCUGGCUCUUGUGCUGCUCGUCUGGAUCACCUCCUUUGCUGUGAAUGACACCAUCAGGGCCAUCCAGGAGAGCCCCCGUCUGAUUUGGGGGAGUGCUGUGGACCUGCGGAACGUCAACUCUCCGCUGGGGGGGGCCAAACACGACCGCCCCUCACAGCUACCUGCAGCCGCUACUGAGAAACCUACAAGGCCCCCGCUACAGAUCUGCUCAGAGCACCCACCACUGCUGCGUGGCGCUAUAGCCCUGUCAUUCCCUCCCUCUCUGUCCCUGUCGGAUGUUGAGGAGGAGAACCGCGAGCAGCUGUCCCCGGGGGGCCAGUCGCAGCCUAGCAACUGCAUCAGCAGGCAGAAGGUUGCUGUGCUGAUCCCCCAUAGAAACCGUGAGAAGCACCUUCUCUACCUGCUCCACUACCUGCACCCUUUCCUGCAGAGACAGCAGCUACACUACGGCAUCUACGUCAUUCAUCAGGCUGGCAAUGUUGCGUUUAACCGUGCAAAACUGCUGAACGUGGGCUACCUGGAGGCUCUGAAGGAUCAGCCGUGGGACUGCUUCAUUUUCCACGACGUGGACCUGGUGCCUGAGAACGACCACAACCUCUACACCUGCGACACCCAGCAGCCCAAACACCUGGUGGUCGGGCGCAAUGUAACAGGAUACAAGCUGCGCUAUAAAGGCUAUUUUGGAGGUGUGACGGCAAUGACAAAAGAGCAGUUCUCCCGCGUCAACGGCUUCUCCAACGGCUACUGGGGCUGGGGAGGGGAGGACGACGACCUCAGAAUACGGGUGGAGCUGCAGAAGAUGAAGAUCGUGAGGCCUUCACCUGAGGUGGGCCGCUACACCAUGGUGUUCCACAAGAGGGACGUCGGCAACGAGAUUAACAAGGACAGGAUGUCUCUAUUGCGGCGGACUCCUCAGAUGUGGCGUUCAAAUGGGCUGAACUCCUGUUCCUAUAGAACCGUCUCCAUCCAGAGAGUUCCUCUCUACGUCAACAUCACAGUUGAGAUCGGCCAUCCCUAGACGUGUCUGUCAAGUUACAAGAACAGAACCAUCCCCAUCAGCGUCAUGAAUCAGCUGUUCCUCCCACCCUCACCCCCUUUUCACCAACACUGCACAGCUCCCAUCCCAGGUAUGUCCAGCUAAGAGGAGCUCCUCAAAUCUGUUCAGGAUUCAGUUGCUAAGGAUGCUUCAGCGUUACUAAAGAACCUUCCUUCUCCGAGGCUAUCCGUUCUGAUGCUGAGGAUGCUUCCCUAUCCGAGAUUAUCUGUAUCUGGUGCCGAGGAUACUUUCUGAUCCAAGACUAUCCGUAUCUGAUUUCUGCAUGCUUCAGCAUUGACUGAGGAACCUUCCUUAUCCGAAGCUCUCCGUAUCAGAUGCUGAGGAUACUUCACCGUUGACUGAGGAACGCAACUCAAAAAGGAUGCAUCCUUCAGAUGGGGGAACUGAACUGGAUUGCUUCUGACACUACAAAAUGUUAGCUAUGGAAAUACAUAUGUUAUUUAGCUGUUCUGCAUUCCUGUUUUUAUGUUUUUAUUCCUAUAUGGUUGAUCUCUGUAAACUGAUGUCUCUUGUUGCGUAUCUGAUGGGAGGGCCUGAAAGACAGGCAGUAAUGCUGGUUUUUCACUGAAUAGUAUCUUCUCAACUCGGCUCGACUUUACUCGCCUUUUUUGAUUUUCCAUACGGGAAAACUGGUACCAGGUACUAUUUUUAGUACCCCUGUGUGGAGGCUUCAAGCGAGCGGAGGCGCUACUGAAGGGGAAGAGAAAGGGAAGUGCUGCUGGCUACUGAUUGGUCGCGAUGGUCAUUCCUGUGGAAAACUGACAUUCUGAACACGCCUGGCAUUUUCAAUAAUUUUGCUAUACUGUCAGUGCUAGCUCGAAGCAGUUGCCAUUAUUGUCAAUUACAUUACAUUACAUUGUUAUUCAAAACAGGUGUAUUCGUAAAUUCAAUCUAGCACUCUGACAAUGGAAUAACGCUCUGCAAUUCGAAAAAGCGUUCCGUCUCUCUACGGUUUCUCAUAGAUUAAAAUUUGAUGUUAACAUAAACAGUCGCAUACCAAGAAUCAGAAAGAGAAUCCCCCUGAUUUCCUCCAUCAUCAUUAUAAUUGUUGAUGGAAAAUUGUUUUUUGUAACAUCCAUAACGCCAAUAAAAUGUGAUGGUAUGAUGUGAAUGAUUACAUGAAAUUUGAGCAUUUUCUAUUUUUGGCUGAAGAAUGUACAUGAGAAAAAAUGCACAAAAAAAGAAUGUUAUCAUUCACAUCAUACAAAUGCCAAGGCAUUUCACUGGCGUUAUGGAUGUGACAAAAAGUCAAUUUUCCGUGGAAUUGCCCUGUUACUGUGUGUCCCAUAUUAAUGGUAGUUUCUUUCUGUGACGCUUUCCCACCCAGCUAGGUUAAAGGGGUACUUUUAAAGGGGUACUUUUCUGGGGUCGAAAAGGAAGCACCUGGUUAACCAAAAUUGAGUAGAGUUUAACUGAGUUGAGCAGGUACCGUUCAGUGGAAACCGGCGUGACAAUGACUGGUAGGACAUGUAGUAGUCUGACACUGACAGGUUAAAAUUGAGCUGAAUUUAUUAGUCAAUAUGUGACGGUGACUCACUCGCCCCCUCACACACGUGAUGGCACAAGACACGUCCUAUGCAUAUACAGACACUCCAGAGAUUACAUGGGUGACACACAGAUAUAUCCACCCACACUUUUGCAAAAGUGAAUGUAGUCUCACCCACCUCGAUUUUACUGACAUACAAAAGAUUCUUGCAGCCAAGAAGGGAAUGUUUUGCCAAGCUGAGUGGCAUAUUUUAUUUUUGUCUAUGUCGAUGUGAAUGUAAAUCUGACUGGAACUCAUUGUCGUCCUUAGCAUUGGGACUGCAUAGUUUUAUAAGCCCUUUAAGUGGCAUUUUGUACUGUGAAAAAAGAACAUAUUGAAUGUGUCAGAAGAGGUCACCACGGUGCCGUGGGGCAGCUGUUUGUUUACAGCCAGAAACGCGUAACCAGGAGAAUGCAUUGAUCAUCAUCUCCAUGCCAACAGGAAUAGAGUAAAUUCCAAUGGGCCUUUUCCCCAUCUGUCCCAAAAGGACUUCUACAACCAGCGGUGCCUUACUGCAGUUCAGUUCCAUGUUUCAGUAGGUUCCCCGUGUAGCUAGUUACUAAGAGGAUAAUGAGGUGUUAUUAUUGAUUAUUAAUGGUUAUUUAUUUUAGUCGCCAGAAGCGUUUGUCAGAAGUAGGAGUAGCCAUUUAGCUACAGAUAACUCCUAAUAAAGCUCUUCACAAUUUGGCCUUCUAAGAAAAAGGUGGAUACGUUUCUUACGAGUCCUGGAAUCGAGAUUAUUCUCUUAAUCGGAACAUUAUCACUGAGUGCAAGAGGUGGAAUCAUCUUAAACUUUCUUUGAGUGAAACUGACCGCUUUUUAAAAUACUUUUGACUAUCCUGUUCAUUGAAUGGUUUGUCAUUUUCUUUGUUUUGAAAGCCUAUAUAUGUUUGACUAGAUUGUAAAUGGUUGAAUGAUUAGUAGGGUAGAAAAUCGAAUAAAUGAGAGUAGAGAUUGUGGAAUGGAGAGGUCAUAUAGUAAGAUAAUAAUUUGACCUUUGAAUAAAAUCAAGUGCAAUGUGGGGGUGGAGUUUUUAUAAUGUCAAUCCUAAUGAUUUCCCUGUUGAUUAAAGCCUGUUGAUUAAAAUGUGUCUUUGUAAACGA